GCAUUGUGUAGUCAGACAGGAUAUCUGGACAGAGACUCUACCAUGUCUAUCUUUGUGAUACUGGGACUGCUGGUCUGCAUAAAGGCACAAGGAUCCAGUGUUGUGACUCCUGUGUUUGUGAAGAAGGGAGAGGAUGUGCUGCUGAAUGUCACGAAAGCUUAUAAGGAAGUUCUUUUGGUUAACUGGAAGUUCAAUGAAGCAGGAAUUUUAUCCUUUUUUCCUAAUAGAAAACCAACAGUCUCUCCUGGUUACACUGGGAGGAUUGAGUUUUCUGAGACAAAUUACUCGAUGAAACUGAAAAAUCUACAAAAGACAGACAGUGGAUUUUAUACUGCACUAGUGUUUAGAGGAGCAGACCCAGAAAAAACUGAACACACCGUCACAGUUCAAGAUCCAGUGUCUCCAGUUGAACUGUCAGUGGACUCUGUGGUCAUAAACUCAGACUCCUGUAACUUCACUGUGACCUGCAGAACACAGGACUCUCACAUUAACAGCACCAUUAGAUGUGACACCCAAACCUGCAGUCAGGAUGGAGGAGAGCAGUCAAAGGUCACGACCUCUGGUGCUUUUCUCAAAGCUUACCUGGCUAAUGAUUCAAUCAUCUGUAACCAUAGCAACCAGGUCAGCUGGACCGAGGACAUGAAAAUAAUUGAACAUUUCUGCCCUCAACAUGCCGGUUCAGAGACUGACUCUGCACAUAUUAAUGUGUGUCUGGUGAAGACGGUGGUUUUCUCUGUCGGUCUGUUCAUCAUGGUGUCUGCUGUCAUCACUGUUCACCUCAUGGAGAAGCUCAAGAAGACAAAAUAAACAAAUAGUUCUCUGCCAACCAAUCUUACACAUAUAUAAAUAAAACAUAAGAAAACUUAAAGGUACCAUGUGAAGGGUUUUUCUUUUUUUACAAGUUCUCAUUGUGUUUUUGUAUUGUACAUGUACAAUAGCUCAUUCCUGCCUCAUGCUAUGACACUGAUGGACAGCUGGUGGCAGUAACACACCAAGAAAUGGAGUAAUGCACCAACAAAAGUGAGACAGAAGACUACAAGCCAGCAAACAGAUGUAAACAAUGAAGGAUUCAACUCAUUAAAUCAUUUAAAUUAAAAUUAAAAGAGAUGACAAUGUUAGAAAAUUGUUUGCAAGAAACUUAUACUUUCAUAUGAACAAGGACAACAAUGUGCAAGAAUCAAUAUAUUAUAUGUAAUACUGAAUGUAUUCCUGUUUAUUUACAAUAUCCUAACAAAGAUUGUAUGUUUGUUUAUAUAAUAUGUGUUUAAGUCUGUGUUAAUCUUUGGAUGAAAUCAGUUUCUGCUACAUACUGUACAUACUGCCAUCAUUGAACAUCUAUUAAAGCUUUGUAUU